AUGCUUGAUUCUAAUACACACCUCAUUGACACGAUACGCAAAAACCGCAAGGGGCUACCAAAGGAAGUUGUAGACAAAAAACUUAAAAAAGGAGAAGUUGCGGCCAUGGAGAACAAAGAUGGGAUAACAUUACUGAAGUGGAAAGACCAAAGGGAUGUGCUUGUACUGUCUACAAAGCAUGAUGCUGAAAUGGUAGAGAGAAGUAACAACAGAAUACCUAAAGUCGUCAUCGAUUACAAUAGCGGAAAAAGUUCUGUGGAUCUCUCUGAUCAAAUGGGAUCGUAUUCUAAUCCUCUUCGAAGAUCUGUCAAAUGGUAUCGCAAAAUCGCAUUUGAGCUUUUGCUUACAACUUCCAUGGUAAAUGCUUUUAUAUUAUAUAAGAAUGUUACCGGAUGUAAUAUCAAGAUUACGCAGUUUAAAAAGGAAGUCAUAAGAUAUCUUAUAAAUACUGCUAACAACGAGAACAUUGACCAUGAACUACCGGCAAAAAGACGACGACACCAUUCUCUAAAACAAAAAGAUGGCGCAAAUAAGCAUAAAACAAGAAGAUGUUGUAAGCAUUGUUAUAAAAAAAUAACGAGCUUCAUGGUAGGAAAUAUGCUACCAAUCGUACACUCAAAGUAG